GCGGGGCGUCCUGGGACCCGGCCGGGCCUGCAGUGCGCCGAGGACGCCGCGCGAGCAUGUACCGGCUCCUGAGCCCGAGCCUGGGCCGAGGCCUUCUGCGGGCCGCGGGGCGGCGGUGCCGGGCCUGCUCGGUGCGCCUGCUCCCGGGGCCGGCAGGAGGCCGGGCGCCUGAGGUGGGGGUGCCGGCAUCCCGAGUCGCGCCGCGCGGCGGAGGCCCGGGCCUGCUGCCGCUGCUGGCAGCGCUCGCCUGGUUCUCGAGGCCCGCUGCGGCAGAGGAGCAGGAGGAGGAGCGGCAGGGAGCGGGCGGGGCCGCCGCCGAGGGCGCGGCGGACGAGGCCGAGGCCGAGAUCAUCCAGCUGCUGAAGCGAGCCAAGUUGAGCAUCAUGAAAGAUGAGCCAGAAGAGGCUGAGCUAAUUUUACAUGACGCUCUUCGUCUUGCCUAUCAGAGUGAUAACAGGAAGGCCAUCACUUACACUUAUGAUUUGAUGGCCAACUUAGCAUUUAUACGGGGUCAACUUGAAAAUGCAGAAAAACUUUUUAAAGCAACAAUGAGUUACCUGCUUGGAGGGGGCAUGCAACAGGAAGACAAUGCAAUAAUUGAAAUCUCCCUAAAACUGGCCAGUAUCUAUGCUGCUCAAAAUAGACAGGAAUUUGCUCUUGCUGGCUAUGAAUUCUGCAUUUCAACUCUAGAGGAAAAAAUUGAAAGACAAAAGGAAUUAGCAGAAGACAUUUUGUCAGUGGAAGAGAAAGCCAGCACCCACCUCCUCCUUGGCAUGUGCUUAGACACCUAUGCUCGCUACCUUCUGUUCUCCAAGCAGCCGUCACAGGCACAGAGGAUGUACGAAAAAGCUUUGCAGAUUUCUGAAGAAAUGCUAGGAGAAAGACACCCACAGACCAUUGUGCUGAUGAGUGACCUGGCGACCACCCUGGACGCGCAGGGCCGCUUCGACGAGGCCUGCGUUUACGUGCAGAGGGCGUCCGACCUGGCCCGGCAGAUCGAGCACCCCGAGCUGCACAUGCUGCUCAGUAACCUCGCUGCCAUCCUGAUGCACCGAGAGCGAUAUGCACAAGCAAAAGAGAUCUACCAGGAAGCGCUGAAGCAAGCAGAGCUGAAAAGAGAUGAGGUUUCUAUACAGCACAUCAGGGAAGAGUUGGCCGAGCUGUCAAGAAAAAGUAGACCUUUAACUUAAUUUGAUGAAGCGCUAAAUCCCUUUUUGUUGUAGGGCAUUUUCAGCAACAGCGAUUAGUCCGGUCUCAGUGACGCCCAAAUCAAUGGCUUAGAUCCUUUCUCCUUGAUAUUCAAGUUCUGUCAACGUAGCUAUGGUGAAGGACAAGUUGUAUACACUGCCACUUUGUGUUUUUAAAGGAAAAACAGCUUUCACCCCUGGCCGAUUUUGAUUCUUAAGGACAGAUGUCAAGUGAUGCUUUCAGUCGUAACCUACUGGUGAGAUGCCGUCCGUGCUGGUCUCGGUGGAACUGUGGAUGGAGAUGGGCCAGGUUUCCCUUGGGUGGGUGUGUGGUGAGUCAGCCAGGCAUCUCUAGCCUAAGAUUUUGAUCCAUUGAUUCGCUACCCUCUUUUUCAUUUUAUCGCUAUCUAUCUGGCAGAUCAGAGCUACAUGUCUCAUGGCAAAGGGGGAUUAUGGUGAGUUCUUUUUCUUCUCUCUUUCAUGAAGCCCAGUGUGGGAUGUAAUGCAUAGUGGAGCAAAAGUAUUGUCUUGGUUUGCACCAGCGUCCAGCAUGACGUUUUAAAGUAGGAAUUAGGCCCUUGAAAAUAUACCCAUUUAAUUAUAAGUAAAAGUGAACUGUAUGUUUUUAUAUCUGGUUACAUA